AUGAAGUGGCUUCUUUAUUUUACUAUUUUGUAUUUGUCGUGGCCCACAAACGGACUCAGACAAUUUUUCCGUGGAAAACAUGUUGGUGGAAACGUCCUUCCUCCACCUGUUUCAGUAACGUCUAGAUCUGUAUCCCAGAACUACUUUGACCAAUUUUUAGAUCACUCAGAUCCAACAAAUGAAAAAACAUGGAAACAGAGAUAUUUUGUAAACGACGAAUUCUUCGACAAAGAAAAAAGAAAUGUUGCUUUCCUCUUUAUUGGUGGUGAAGGUCCAGCUAAUGUAAAAUGGAUGACAUCUGGAGCUUGGAUCAAAUCAGCUAAAGAAUACAAGGCACUAUGUUUUCAAGUAGAACACAGAUUCUAUGGUGACAGUCAACCUUUCGAAGAACUCUCUAUUGAAAAUCUGAGAUACUUGACCAGUCAACAAGCUUUAGAUGACCUGGCCAAUUUUAUCGUAGCUAUGAAUGAAAAACAUCAACUAGCUCCGGAUGUUAAAUGGAUUGCCUUCGGAGGUUCGUACUCUGGAUCUUUGGCCGCGUGGUUAAGACAGAAAUACCCUCAUUUGGUUUAUGGUGCUAGUUCCGCUAGUGGACCUUUACUAGCCAUUGUCGACUUCCAACAGUACUUGCAAGUAGUAGCUGAUGACCUACGCGACCUCCACAGUCAAAAAUGUGUUGACGUGGUCCAGGAAGGCAUUAAACAACUCAGCGACAACUUAAAUAAUACAGACGCUAACAUAGAUAAACUGUUCAAUUUAUGUACACCCAUAAAAAAUAGUCUGAAUAACGAGAAAGAUAUUGCUUACUUCUUUGAAUUGAUUGCGGAUAAUUUUGCUUAUAUAGCUCAGUACAACAGCGAUUCCAAGGAGUUAAAUGUUACAUCAGUUUGUGAUAUUUUAACUGCUGAAUCCGGAAAAUCAUCUUUGGAGAAAUUGGCUGAUGUGAAUAAUCUUGUUCAAGAAGGAGCUUGUUUGGAUUACAAGUAUGAUGGAAUGGUAAAAGAAAUGCAAAACGGAAAUAGAUCAUCAUCUGCUGUUACUGGUGGAAUGAGACAAUGGUUUUACCAGACUUGUACAGAAUUCGCCUUCUAUCAAACAUCUACACAAACACCUCCAGUAUUUGGUGAUCAGUUCCCAAUUAAAUUUUUCGUAGAUUAUUGUGCAGAUAUUUAUUCACCUGAAAUUGAUAGGGAAUAUUUAGACAGAAUUGUAAAUAGAACAAAUACAAUUUACGGAGCCCAAAAUAUAGAUGUUUCUAAUGUUAUUUUUGUACAUGGUACAGUAGAUCCUUGGUAUCCAUUAGGUAUUUAUGAAACACGUGACCAAGCUGCUCCAGCAAUACUCAUUAAUGGAACGUCUCAUUGUGCCAACAUGUAUGAAGACACAGUUUUAGACUCUUCAGAAUUGGUUGCUGCAAAAGCGAAGGUUCAUGAACAAAUUGGAGAAUGGUUAAAAAAUUGAAAUUAAUGUAUUUCAAAUAAACUAUUAAAGCAUA